AUGGAAGACAAUAGUGAAUAUGAAUCAGUAUUUUCUGAACCUCCCGAAAAUACUCUUAUUUCCAAUAUUGAAUUAAAUGAAGGUAAUACUUACUCCUCAGAAAAAGCCUUUAUAACUGCAGUUAAAUCUUAUGCAAAACAAAAAGGUUUUCAAGUUCGCUUAGCAAGAACAGAAAAAAAUGCAGCAGGCCAAAUACAAUUAGAACUGAAUGAAAGUACCAAUUAUAUUAAUGAAAACGAAGAUUAUGAAUAUCUUUUAAACCGAGUUUGGUAUAAAGUUCAACAAAUAGUAAAAGCCAAACCCAAAACAGCAAAAAAAUUUUAUAAUAUAUUGGAUGAAUCAGUGAAAAAAGAAUUUUCUAUUCAAAUACCAGGAAAAGAAUUUCAAUCACAAAAUAACAAUAUAAUUAAAAAUUCAGCAAUUAUAAAAGGCAAAACAAAUAAACCUUCUAAAAGACAAGCAUUAAAUGUACAUCAACAAAAUAUAGUUCAAAAUAAAGAAAAUAGAUUUCAAGAAAAUGCAACACCCUCUUCCUCAGAUAAUAAAUGUCCAUUUUGUGUAGAAUUAUUGCCUAAUCCUCUUCCAUCAGAGAUUCGCCUUUUAUUAAAUAAAAUUCACCACCAAGAUGGUAAACCUACUCAAGAGGACCGUCAAUUGUUUUGUAAAAUUCAUAAUACCAAAACUAUAGAAGAAAGUAAUUUAUGUAUAUAA